UUCACUUAGUCGUUUUCUCCUAAAUCCUGACUUUUCCUCGAGGUCGCACCCGGGGAGGGCCUGUCUCGCUGCUAGCUUGCCGCGGCAGUGACGUACAGGGAGAACACUAAGGUCAAAGGUCAGCCCCAGCAAAGAAACACCCCUUCAACCCUUACCAGGGGGAGCCGUAGACGCGGGGGCUUCGUGCCCCGGAAGCGGAAGUGUGUUUUCACGAAGGGCUGAACUCCGCCGAGUGAUGACGUCUCCUCAUUGGGCGGAAGGUUCGGUGGCAGUCGUCGGUGUUCCAGCUGGUGGGAGUUGGCUUCACUGUGUUGGGCGCUGGGCCCCUAGUUUCUGGAGCUGGGAAGUUGGGCGGCGGGCUCCGUCCCUGUCCUUCUGCUUCCAGCGUUCCUGGGUUUCCUUCGGCGGCGUGGGGCCUCGCCAAGGACUCGCCGGCCCUGUGGGGCCACGGCUUUAGUGGCGCCUUUUGCGAGUUCACAUAAGUACAUCUUAAAACCUUCAAGAUGGUUCUAGCAGAUCUUGGAAGAAAAAUAACAUCAGCAUUACGCUCAUUGAGCAAUGCCACCAUUAUCAAUGAAGAGGUAUUAAAUGCUAUGCUGAAAGAAGUAUGUACAGCAUUAUUGGAAGCAGAUGUUAAUAUUAAACUAGUGAAGCAACUAAGAGAAAAUGUUAAGUCUGCAAUUGAUCUUGAAGAGAUGGCAUCUGGAUUGAACAAAAGAAAAAUGAUUCAGCAUGCUGUAUUUAAAGAACUUGUAAAGCUUGUAGACCCUGGAGUUAAAGCGUGGACACCGACUAAGGGAAAGCAAAAUGUGAUCAUGUUUGUUGGAUUGCAAGGGAGUGGUAAAACGACAACGUGUUCAAAGUUAGCAUAUUAUUACCAGAGGAAAGGUUGGAAGACCUGUUUGAUAUGUGCAGAUACAUUCAGAGCAGGAGCCUUUGACCAGCUAAAACAGAAUGCCACCAAAGCAAGAAUCCCGUUCUAUGGCAGCUAUACUGAAAUGGAUCCUGUCAUCAUUGCUUCUGAAGGAGUGGAGAAAUUCAAAAAUGAAAAUUUUGAAAUUAUUAUUGUUGAUACAAGUGGUCGUCACAAACAAGAAGACUCUUUAUUUGAAGAAAUGCUUCAAGUUUCUAAUGCUAUACAACCUGAUAACAUUGUUUAUGUGAUGGAUGCGUCCAUCGGACAGGCUUGUGAGGCCCAGGCGAAGGCCUUUAAAGACAAAGUAGAUGUAGCUUCAGUAAUAGUGACAAAACUCGACGGUCACGCGAAAGGAGGUGGUGCUCUUAGUGCAGUUGCUGCCACAAAAAGUCCAAUUAUUUUCAUUGGUACAGGGGAACAUAUAGAUGAUUUUGAACCUUUCAAAACACAGCCUUUCAUCAGCAAACUCCUUGGAAUGGGUGAUAUUGAAGGACUGAUUGAUAAAGUCAAUGAAUUGAAGUUGGAUGAUAACGAGGCACUUAUAGAGAAGUUGAAGCACGGUCAGUUUACAUUGCGAGACAUGUAUGAACAGUUUCAGAAUAUUAUGAAAAUGGGCCCAUUCAGUCAGAUCUUGGGGAUGAUUCCUGGCUUUGGCACAGAUUUUAUGAGCAAAGGGAAUGAGCAGGAGUCAAUGGCAAGGCUGAAGAAACUGAUGACAAUCAUGGACAGUAUGAACGAUCAAGAACUGGACAGUACAGAUGGUGCCAAGGUUUUCAGUAAGCAGCCAGGCAGAAUCCAGAGAGUCGCCCGGGGGUCAGGCGUGUCAACAAGAGAUGUUCAAGAACUUCUGACCCAGUAUACCAAGUUUGCACAGAUGGUCAAAAAGAUGGGAGGUAUCAAAGGACUUUUCAAAGGCGGUGAUAUGUCUAAGAAUGUGAGUCAGUCACAGAUGGCAAAAUUAAAUCAACAAAUGGCCAAAAUGAUGGACCCACGAGUUCUUCAUCACAUGGGUGGCAUGGCCGGCCUUCAGUCAAUGAUGCGGCAGUUUCAGCAGGGUGCUGCUGGCAACAUGAAAGGCAUGAUGGGAUUCAAUAACAUGUAAAGACGCCCCCUUACUAGGAACGGACAUGGUGGAUGAUGUCAUCUGCUGAGACCUCACACUUUCUCUCCCUCUUGCAAACGGGGAAGAAGGAUUCUUGCCUGUCUUGCCUUCAUUCUUUUGUCUCACCGUUUUCCUUGUCUCCCUUCCCUUCUGAUGUUCGUUCGGGAAGAGUGCCUGGUUUUUGUGGAAGUCAUCAUUUCUGCUUUAAAUCUAUUAGUUUUCAACGACCUAACACUUCUUAAGUUAAACAAAUCAUGAUGUAAAAUUUUGGUAUUUAAAGGUUUUUAAUUGUCUCAAAGGCCAAGCAUUACAUUUAUAAACAGUUGCGAUCAGUAAAUUACAUGAUAUUGAAGAAAACUGCUGCAAAAUAAACUUCAAGUGAUAAGAUAAAGGGUUCGUUAACUUUCUUUAUGGUUUGAUGUGGUCAGCAUACCACCCAGAAAAUAGGCAAAAAGCCAGCAGGUACAUUUAAAGGAAUAUAUGGUAGAAUAAUUUAAUCAUGAGUAUUAGAAAAUGUUAUUUUAGGAUAAAAUAACUUUAUUCCAAGAAACUUUAGCUUUGCCAUUUAAAAUUGAAAUCAAGAAUUUGGUUACAGUUUGUAAUGUAUGAUGUUUUGUAUCAAACUUAAAUUUUUUACAUAUUUUGGAGUCUCAUGUUCCUUGAUUGUUUUAAAAGCCAUUUUUAUGUUUCUUACAUACUAUUGAAAAAUAAUAUGUUUUGAUAAUAGAUAAUACAUAAAUUUGCUAAUGGAAAGUAAUACUGAAUUAUUAGGCUACAGUAUUACAUAUUAAAAAUAAGGCCAUAGCAGCAUUGGCUGGGUCAUUGAUAAUUAUUGCUAUAUGUCUGUCCUGGAAUCUCAGAUGAGUAAGCUUCAAUUCCAGUGACGGAGUGGAUGUGUUAGCACUUGUGCCAUAGCACAUGUGUGAAGGUCAGAGAACAACCAUGUUCUUUAUUCUUUUUUUGUUUGUUUCUUUGAGACAUGGUCUCACUAUAGCUCUGGUUAUCCUUGGAACUCACUAUGUGGACCAGGCUGGCCUCAAACUCACAGUGCUCUGCCUUCCUCUGCCUCCUGAGUGCUGAGAUUAAAAGCACAAGUGACAUGUUGGGUUUCAGAGGACAACUUGCAGAAGUCAGUUCUCAUUUCACCAUGUGGGUCCAGGGUUUAAACUCAGCUCAGUCACACUUGGCACCAAGUGCCUUUAUCCAUAGAGCCAUGUCACUGGCCACAGUUCCAAAGAAAGAGAGGAAGGAAGGAAAGGAGGGAAGGGAAGGAGGGAGGGAGGGAUCUGUGUGUAUGAGUGGUUUUGAGUGCAUUCUUCUACAUGCUCGGGUACACAUUGUUGAAGUCAAGACAACCUCAGGUGCUCGUCCCUGCCUUCUACGCUGUUUAAACAGGGUCUCUUGUUCAUGUUCCAGAGAGCCAGGCUAGCUGGCCUUCAAGCUCUUGGGAUCCUGGUUUCCGAGCCCCACCUUGCUGUAGAAGUACUGGGACUACAUUGCUACCGUGUCUACCUUUUUUUGGUUUUGGGAGAAAGGCUCAGGCUGUCCUGGAACUCAUGACAAGUCUCCUGCUUCAGCCUCCUAAAUUCAGGAAUUGUAGUAAAUUUACCAUUCUUAGAAAAGUAUUCUCAUAAAGAAUGCAGUUCAGCUGGGCAUGGUAGCACUUAGCAAAUCCCACUAUUUAAAUAAAGGCUGAGGUAGGAAGAUCAUGAGUUGAAGGCCAGCCUAAGUUAUGUAGACCAUGUCUCAAAAGCCAAAAGCAUCUGAUUUUGUGGUUUGCUGAGGGUCGUAUGUUCUAGCUAAGAAUUGUUGUUUAGUGGAGGACUAGCAUUUCCCUAGUGGGCACUGUACGUAUUCAUGGGGAAAUUACAUAUUUUAUGUUUUGCCAAAGUGGCCUAGUAAUGUACAGCUAUAGAAAUCCAAAACUAGAGAAAAUGGUAAUUAAACUGUGCACGCUACCUUUUCUGGGUGUGUGUCUUAGUGAUUUCUGUUUUCUGGAUAUUUUGUUCUGACUAAAUAAAGGUAAAUGAGAUGAACCUU